AUGGAGGACUCGGGUGAAGAUAUUGCUGUGGUCGGCAUCGGAUGCAAUUUUCCUGGAGGUGAAGGACUUGAGAAUUUCUGGAAGGUUCUGCUGGAGGGAAAGAACUGUGCCAAGCAGAUUCCAGAUGAGCGGUUCGACAGUGCCUACUGGUAUGAUCCGGACAAUAGAAAGGCAGGAAAAACACAGACCGUCAAGGCCUCACUGAUUGAUGGGUUGAAUGAGUUUGACCACAAGUUCUUUGGAAUCACUGAGGCAGAGGCAGACUUCAUGGAUCCCCAGCAGAAGCUCCUGCUGGAGUGCACCUACAGAGCCCUGGAGAAUGCUGGGAUACCCAUGGAGAAGGCCAGUGGAACCAGAACUGGGGUUUUCAUUGGACUCAUGAACAGGGACUAUGAGACACUUCUGAACAACAGCCCAACCACCAUUACCCACUACAACGGUACAGGAACAGCAAUGAGUAUGGCUGCCAACAGGAUCUCCUAUACCUUCAACUUCACUGGCCCCUCAUUGGCUAUCGACAGUGCCUGCUCAUCCUCUCUAGUAGCUCUUCACUAUGCUGCCCAUGCAGUUAGACAAGGAGACUGUGAGAUGGCUUUUUGUGGUGGAGUCAGCUGCAUGCUUGAGCCACGGGUCUUUGUCGCUCUUAGCAAAGCAAAAAUGAUCUCACCUGACGGCUCCAGCAAACCUUUCUCCAACAAAGCAGAUGGCUAUGGAAGAGGGGAAGGCUGUGGGGUGGUCCUACUCAAGCCUCUGGAAAAAGCUCUCCACGACUUUGAUCAUGUAUGGGGCAUCAUAAGCAAAACUGCUGUCAAUCAAGAUGGCCGCUCUGUCACUCCAAUCACCAGGCCAUCCAUGGCCCAGCAGGAGGAGCUGCUGCACAGAAUUUACUCUGCAGGGUUUGAUCCAUCACAUAUCCAGUACAUAGAGGCUCAUGGGACUGGAACCCCUGUAGGAGAUCCAGCAGAAGCAGGUAGCAUCUCCAGAGCUGUUGGCAAAGCCAGACAUCCAGAAGAAGCACUCUGCAUCGGCUCUGUGAAAGGCAACAUUGGACACACUGAGUCUGCGGCUGGAAUGGCAGGACUCAUCAAGGUGCUUCUGAUGAUGCACCAUGAAACCAUUGUUCCCACACUCUCCUACUCUGAGGACAGUGCCAGUAUUGAUGCUAAAUCUUUGAAUCUGAAAAUUUCCACUGAAGUCCAGAAGUGGGAAAAGACUGGUCCAGCAGGAAGGGCUGCAGGUUGCCAUUUUCAGCCUUCUAAAGCACUGGGGUAUUAGACCUGAUGCCGUUCUUGGACACUCUGUAGGAGAGGUUGCCGCUGCCCAUUGCUCUGGUCUGCUGU